GAGCAAGGAAAAAGAAAAGUAAACACCGCCAGGGCCCCAACCUACCUGACCUUUAUACACAAAACACAUAUACACAAUCGUUCAACAUGAAGGGCCCUACCCCCGAGCAGCACGACGGCACCAGCCUGCGCAUUGGCAUCGUCCACGCGCGGUGGAACGCUGAGAUCAUCGACCCGCUGCUGGAAGGCGUCAAGGCCAAGUUGCUGGCAUGUGGUGUCAAGGAGGGCAACAUCGUCGUCGAGUCGGUGCCCGGCUCGUGGGAGCUGCCCAUUGGUGUUCAACGCCUCUUCGCCGCCUCCCAGAUCCAGUCCUCGACCUCGUCGACCUCCUCGGCCGGCGACCUCCUCGGCGGCUCGACCACAGACCUGACCUCCCUCCCCGCCAAGUCGCAGACCUCGACCGCGGCCUUUGACGCCCUGAUCGCCAUCGGCGUCCUCAUCAAGGGCGAGACCAUGCACUUUGAGUACAUCGCCGACUCCGUCUCGCACGGCCUGAUGCGUGUGCAGCUCGACACGGGCGUGCCCGUCGUCUUUGGCGUGCUGACCGUGCUGGACGAGGCGCAGGCCAAGGCCCGUGCCGGCGUCACCAGCGGGAGCCACAACCACGGCGAGGACUGGGGCCUUGCUGCCGUCGAGAUGGGCCAGAAGAGGAAGGGCUGGGCCUCGGGGAAGGUGGCUUCGUCCUAGCCAGUUUGCGUUGCCAU